AUGGGAUAAGCAAUAUCUAAAAAUAAAGUAGUCUUAUUAUCCUCAUUAGGAAUAGUAGGCUUUUGCGCCUAUUACAUGAAAAUGAGCGCUAAAGAGAAACAAAGCUUAGAGAAAUUAUUUUGGAAGCAUGAUUUAGAUCAAUAUUUGGAUACAAACGAUCGAUCUAUAGAUUAAAAAUUAGAAAUUAGCAAAGAUAUUGAGAUUAGAUAUAAUGAAGAUCAUUUUUUAGAGGCUAAUUGCAUAGUGGAGAUCUAUGCCAAAUAGUUAGAAAUAGCAGGAGAGGACUAUGUUAAAUUGAGCAAGGUGAAUCGAGUUCAGAGAAGGAGACUACGAAAAUAAAAACAAGAAUUUUAUGUUGAUAGCAUUAUCUAAUUCAUCAUGAAUGUCGAAGAUGUCUUAGAUUAGGCAUUAAAAAGAUUACUAUAUGAAUUAGAUGUACCCAAAGAGAUAUUCGAGGAGAGUGUGCUUGUGAGAAUGGAUCAGGGAUAUUUUUAGCAAUUGUAUAUGUUGUAGGCAAGUGUAAAACAAAAACUAAAAGAGAAAAUUGAAUCAACUAAAAAAUUGAAUUUAAAAUAAACAAAGGAGAUUAUUCAAUUUAGUGUAAAUAUUUUGAGGAACUUCUCUUAAGAUUAUAAAGACAUUUUACAUCGAAUUCCCUCAGAAGAUGUGAUACUGGUGCCAACUAUAAUCAACACAAUAAUACAAGAUUAGAUUUAUGCUAAAUUUGGAGUUGAAGAGGAGGAUCAAAUUGCAAGUCUCAGAAAUGCUUAAGGUGAUUAAGAAAUUCUCAAUCUUCUGAAUAAAGUGGAAAUUGAAAUGAGUAGACUCUUGUAAGAAUAAGGGAUUAGACUAAAUGAUAUUCCUGAGAGUCUAGAAAAUUUUGUUUGA